AUGAUUUCCACAUUUCCGAAUGAUUUCCACAUUUCCGGUACUAAACAAUUGUGUUGUUAUGCAGCUGACCAGAUGGCGAGAAGGCAACCGGAAUUCCAGGAGCUUCCAAAAGAAUUUACCGACAAGUGCGGGACCGAACUGUCUGACAAUGCAAUUAUUAAGGUUCCCAAUGGUGGUAUCUGGCAUAUAGGAUUAAGGAAUGCUGAAGGUGUAAUAUUGUUUCAGAGUGGUUGGCCAGAAUUUAUGGAGUUUUACUCCAUUUGUGUUGGACAUGUAUUACUUUUCAGAUAUGAUGGGAAUUCAGAAUUUCAACUUCAUAUAUUUGGCAUUGAUGCUACUGAGAUAGAAUAUCCAUCUCAUGCAAACGAAAAUGCCAAUAAUGAAGUCGAAAUGACAUCAACUCAUAUGGAUGAAGAUGAAGUAGUUUCAAUACAUUCUGGCGAGAGACAAGAAUUUUCCCAAAAAACAGCAAAACAAAGGACGGUUAUACCUACAAGAAUUCAUACCAAGGCAUUCAAGGAAACACUUGAAGCAGCUGAAGCAUUUAAGUCUGACAAUCCAUCAUUCAAGCUCAUUCUGCAAGCCUUACACUUUAAAGGAACUGUGAAGGUGCCAAUUGCUUUCACAAGCUUAUUUUUGAGAAACGUAACACGGAUGAUGAUCACUCUUAGCAUUUCAGAUGGGAGAACUUGGGAAGUCGGAUAUAUAAUGAAAAACAGAAAGAAGAUUAAUCCUAAAAUAAGAUAUCAUGCUGCGCAAUUCAAGGCAAUGCGUGAAGCAGUCAGAAAGUUUACGUCUGAGAAUCCGUUCUACAAGAGGGUACCUUUGGCUUUUGCAACCUCACAUUUCACAAACAUAACACGGAUGGUGAUCACUCUUAUGGUUUCCGAUGGGAGAACCUGGGAACUCCGGUAUGUUUCCCGAUCACCAAAGCAAAAAGUGCUAUCUCAAGGCUGGCAUAAAUUUGUUGCAGAUAAUAAUUUGAAGGAAGGCGAUGUUUGUGUCUUUGAACUAGUUGAUAGAAAAAAUAUCAAAAUGCUUGUUCACAUUUUUGGACAACAAAAACCAUCCGCCAGAAAGCCUACUCCUAAAUCAGGUAAGUAUACUGCGGAAUUUUACGCAACGCUUGACGCAGCCGAAAAGUUUACGUCUCAGAAUCCGUUCUUCAAGGUCGCUAUGCAAGCCGCACACAUAAAAAAAGGAACGAUGACGGUACCUGCGGUUUUUGCAACCCAACAUUUGACAGACAUAACACGGAUGGUGAUCACUCUUAAGGUUUCAGAUGAGAAAACCUGGGAAGUCCAUUAUGUUUCUGGAACACCAACUGAAAAAAGGAUAUCUCUGGGCUGGCGUGAAUUUGUUGCGGAUAAUGGUUUGAAGGAAGGAGAUGUUUGCGUCUUUGAACUAGUUGAUUUUCGGGAAAAAUCCAGAUGA